AUGAAUUCAGUACCAAUUCUGACACUACUUUUGGUGACAAUCAUUGGCUGCACUGUUGAUGUGAACGCCAAACAAAAGACAAAAAAGUUGUACGAAAUACCGGAACCCUUAUCUUCCGACAUCAUCAGUACUCCCAGUGACAUCGAGAGUGUGACUACCGGUGAUGAACAGUCUCUCGAUGCCAAUCCCAGCGCCACAGGUGGAGGACGGCCUAUGGAACCCAACACUAACGACAAGACCACUAACGGCGAGACCACUAGCGUCUAUGGAUUAGGUACUGAUUCUUCCGACAUCAUCAGUACCACCGGCGACACCCGUAAUGUUCAGUCUAUGGACUCCAGCAAUUCCAAUGACAUCAGUAAUCAGCCCAUGGCUACUGAUUCUCAAGACGAGACAACCGGUGAUGAACAGUCUAAGCCAUCCAACUCUCUCGAUGUGACCACCAAUCCUAGUGACACAGGUAGUGGACAGCCAAUCGGAACAGAUGCUCAGCACAAUCCUACUGCAAAACCGGUCAAAGGUCAGGGUAAAGGCAACGCUUGUAAUGCCGGUGCAAACGCUUCGCAAGAGCCCGGUGCUAAUGCGGCCGAAAUCCUCAAUGGUAUCAAAUAUGUUCGUCCGGGCAAUGGAUUUGAGCCAAACUUUAUGGUCUCUAAAAAGAUUGACGUCAAUGGGCUUAAAGAGCACCCGUUGUACUCGUAUUUAAAAAGGUCCUGUCCUUCAACUCAAUCCGACUUCAGUAACAGAGAGAAGUUGUUUUACGACAAACUCCAUGAGCGGGACGUGCGCUGGAAUUGGGAGAAGUUCUUAAUACAUCCCAUCACUGGUCAGCCCAUCAAGCGAUAUGAUGCCAGUUAUGAGCCCCAUCUCAUCGCACCCGACAUCAUGAGGACUGCAUUGAACCGGACCAUCGGUUCACUCAAUAAUACCAUUCAGACCAGACUUUAAGACACUUUAAGACACUUUAAGACACGCUUUCUAUUCAAUACAAACCCAUAAUUCCUAUAUUUAUUGUAUUUGAGAUAUUCUCAUGAGUUUUGUUACGUUUUCAAGAGUUUGUAGUUUUGUUGCGAUAAUGAGUACACAAAUUGAUGAACAAUUGCUCCAAAAGACAAAAGUCGGGAACAAUUUCGAUGAGCGACACAAAUGAAUGGAUUAUUUGUUAUAAACUAAUAGUUAUAAUAACUUUAAUUUUAACAUCAAUUAAGAGUGCAUUCAUUAUUAUAGCUAUUGUUAUAUCAAUUUCUAUUCAUUAGUCGUUUUGUG